CGUGACCGGAUGUUGGUCACAGUUUGUGCUGCUUUCGAAACCCAAAACACUGCCUGUACGUGUCUCAGUCCGACGACAGAACUUCUUCAUGAUAUACAAUGUAUUCUGUAAUGAUUACACAUUGGGAUUAGGAUGAGCCAGGAGGAUGAGCCUCCGUCCACCCUGUGGGGCUUGGACCCCAUAUUCUCUGCCUUUGCCAGGCUUUAUAUCAAAGACCUCCUUCAGAUCAGAGAGUCCUGUCAGGUGCCAGGUAUUUUCUUCUACAAUUCUCAUCCAAUCUACAAGGUAGAUGUCCUUGGGACAGUGGUCUGCAAGAGAGAAAGAGACGACUUCUUCUGUUAUGGAGUGGAUGAUGGUACUGGUGUUAUAAACUGUUUGUGUUGGAAAAAUGAGAAGUGGAGAGAAUCGGGCGAUCCUCCUGUGGCACCCAGGGCAUCAGCGCAGUCUGAGCCAGGCCUCAACGCCUUAGCGGAGCUGAAGAAGCUGCGAGAAGCUCAGAGGAGAUAUUCCCAGCUGGAGAUUGGGGAGACGCUGAGAGCCAGGGGCCCGAUGAAGACCUCCAGGCAGCAAAGGGAGGUCAUGGCCUCCACCUUCUAUAAAGUGAAUGACCCGGUGAUGGCUGAGCAGAUAGCCUGGAUGAUGGAGGUUCCUGAUCUUUACCGAAAGUGCUAUGAUAAACCAUUCCAGCUACAAGCUAACAGCACCAGUGGCCCGACUGUCGGCCGCGUUAACAGGGCAGCACAAAUCCUGAAGGACUUCCUGAAGGAGAAGACGGUCACCAAGUUCAGACCCUACGAUGUCCUGGACCUGCUGCAGCCUCUGGUCUGCAGCCUAUCCCAAGCGAAACCAGGAGACCAGGGACCACAGAAAGAUCCCUCCGCCCAGGCCAUCGUGGCGGGUCCCUCUGCUGGGCAGCAGCUACGCCAGCUGCUCAAGGAGAGCCUGCAGGUGCUCCAGGACCAGGGCGCUGUGUACCGCAAGGUCAAGUCCCAGGACGAGCUCUACCACGUGACUGAACAAGACAAAGACCUUCUAAUCGCUGUCAAAGACGUCAUCAGGGAAGACUCCAAGAGAGAGAAAUAUGCAGAGAAGGGCUGCCACGUCCUCCACGUCCUGUCUGCGGUGAGGCAGCGCUACAGCCCCAACAUCAGCAAGGAAGCCCUGGAGCUGGUCCUGAGAACACUGGAGUGCAACAGCGACGUCAUCAGCACCACCACCAACCACUAUACCAUGUUUAGCUAGGUGUGUGUGUGUGUGUGUGUGUGUGUGUGUGUGUGUGUGUGUGUGUGUGUGUGUGU